UGUGAGCGGCACCACACGUGUCCGCUCCCGCAGCGAGGAGCAGCUGCAGCGCUAAAACAAACUCUUUUUGGUCCUCGCGGUUCGCCGUAGCACGCAGACCCUCAACGUGCAGGCGACGAAGUGAAGCACUUUUAGAUUUCCUCAGAAAUCCGCUGCUCGCGCCGACUCUUCCUUCUGACUUGGGGUUACUGUUGUCUCCACUGGACAACCAUGGCCGAAAAGCAAGAGAUGUCUUCAAUUGAAAUGAAAGUGGCACGACAAGUAGAGUACUACUUUGGAGAUCACAAUCUUCCCAGGGACAAGUUUCUCAAAGAACAACUGCAGCAGGAUGAUGGCUGGGUGCCUUUGGAGACAAUGCUUAAAUUCAACAGACUCAGCUCUUUAACUAGCGACAGCAGCGUCAUUGUUGCAGCUCUCCAGAAAUCCAAGACUGGCCUCUUGGAAAUCAGUGAAGACAAGACUAAAAUCAGGAGGUGUACAGAUAAACCCGUACCUGAACUGAAUGAUGAUUUCAAAGACGCCGUUAAACACAAAUCUGUGUACAUGAAAGGUUUUCCUCUUGAAACCUCCCUUGAUGAGAUUCAGGACUGGUUGAAUGGAAAAGGCACCAUAGAAAAUAUUCAAAUGAGGAAAAACAUGCAGAAACAGUUCAAGGGAUCAGUGUUCAUCUGUUUGGACACAGAAGAGUCAUCGAAGCAGUUCCUUGAACGUUCAGACAUAAAAUCUUUCAAAGGCAAUGAGAUGCUUGUGUUAUCAAGGGAAGACUACCAUGCGAAGAAGGCUGAGGAGAGAAAACAUUUCAAACAUGAGACAAAGGCAAAAGCAAAACAAGACAAGGAGCAACUGCAGAAACAUGCAGAAGAUAAAGAAAUGGGUCUGCUCCUGGAUGAACAGACAGGUUGUUUGUUGAAGUUUGCAGGGGAACUCGAAGAUGUUUCCCGAGAGGACUUUCAUCAAUUGUUCUCAGGGCACGGAAAAAUAAAGUGGGUUGACUUUACACGGGGCGCUAAAGAGGGUACCCUCCUUUUUGAUGGAAACGCAAAGAAUGCAUUCGACAAGGCCAAGGAGGCAAACGAUGGAGAGCUUAAAAUCAAGAACAACAGCAUUACAUGGCAGGUGCUUGAAGGAGACGAGGAGAAAGAGGAGCUGAAGAAGAUCAUUGAAUCUCAACAGGAAUCGUACAGCAGGGUCAGGGGUAGAGGUUUUAGAGGAAGAUCAGGUGGCAGAGGAGGAAGAGGAGGACGAAGGGGAAGAGGUGGGAGGGAUCAUGGCAGAAAUCGGUACCAAGGCAAAAAGACGAAAUUUGAUAGUGACGAUGAAGACGAUGCACCCGCAGCUCCAAAGAGAGAACUAGAAGAUGCCGACGGUCCUGCAGCAAAGGUCGCCAAAACGGAAAACGGAUCUUAGUCACAAGAUCACAACCAGAGAUUUUUUUCUUUUUUGGAAACAUUUAUUAUAAACAGUUAAAAUGCAGAGACAACUUAAAUCCAUUCCAGUGAAAGCUUCAGGCUUUGGAGAAUCGUAGGAAAUCCACCUGGAUGUCGACCUAGAGAAACAAUUUGCAAUGAUUGGCAUCAGUUUUCAGCCUUUUUAAGUCCCUGUAUCAUAUUGUGCCUCCUGCAUUGAUUAUGUACCUUUGUUCGUAAGAUGUUUUUGAUUUUAUCAUAUUCAGCAUAAAGACAUUUGAUUUCACUGGGACAUUUUAGUUGGUCUUGUAUGGCCCGUCUGACAUCUAGCGUUGUGCGCCAUUGUGUGUUUUAUUUUUUCUUAGUAGAACUCCUAUAUUAAGUGAGAACAUCUGGUUUG